AUGGUCAAUUCAACGGAGACAGAGCCGAUUGAGCAACGGAGUGAGCAAGAUGUUCACGAUGAGGAAAGUCCCUUGCUCGCACGGUCGGAGACCCCCAAGGUCAAGCCGGUGACCGGGGUCGCGACCAUCAUCGCCGUGCUACUUCUGGGUGAGUUCAUAUCCAAUGCGGAUGGGACGCUGGUCAUCGCAGCGGCUGGCCGUAUCUCGUCCGAGUUUAAUCGCCUGCGCGAUGCCAGUUGGCUGUCCACGGGAUACACGCUGGGUCUUUGUGCAGCGCAACCGAUGUAUGGUAAGCUGAGCGACAUCUACGGUCGCAAACCCCUGCUGUUGUUGUCGUAUUUGCUCUUUGCGGUCGGUUGCAUUCUCAGUGGGAUCGCAUCGCAGAUGAACUUGGUGAUCUUGGGCCGUGCGAUCAGCGGAAUGGGCGGUGCAGGAACCAUGACGAUCAGCUCGAUCAUCAUCACCGAUAUUGUUCCCAAGCGGGAGGUGGCAAGUUGGCGUGCCUAUGUCAACAUAGCCAUGACUCUAGGUCGUAGUCUUGGAGGACCCGUCGGUGGAUGGUUGAGCGACACCAUCGGGUGGAGAUGGCUCUUCAUUCUGCAAGCUCCAUUCCUAGCUCUGGCCGCAGUGUUGGUGAUUGUCAAGCUGGACGUCGCCGAGCAAGUUGAAAAGGACAACAAGCUAGCCAAAGUCGACUUCCUCGGAACGGGCCUGCUCGGAUCCUCCAUCGUGGCCCUGACCCUCCUUCUAGACCAAGGCGGCAAAUCCUUCGCCUGGAACUCGCGGUGGUCUGCACUCUUUGGCGGAGGCGGAGUUGGACUGCUGAUCGCGUUCGUAUUAGUGGAGGCGUACGUUGCACGCGAGCCAAUCUUCAACCUUCGGAUCUUGCGUCGCACGAAUGUCUCAGCCGCGUACAUCAUCGGCGCCCUCCAGAUCACCGCCCAAUUAGGCAUGUUGUUUUCUGUCCCCCUGUACUUCCAGGUGACUCAGCGUGCAUCCAACACCGCCUCGGGUGGACAUAUGAUUCCCGCGGUGGUGGGAAAUACGGUUGGUGGACUUAUGGCUGGAAUCUUCAUCCGGCGAACCGGUCACUUCAAGGUUCUACUGGUGCUCGCGGGUCUGGUGGCGGCCGUCUCCUACGGUCUGCUGUAUCUUCGCUGGAACGGCGAUACGGGAUUCUGGGAAUCCCUGUUCAUCUUCCCCGGCGGAUUUGGCACAGGUGUUGCAUCCGCCUCGGCGUUUGUUGCGAUGACGGCCAUGCUGCCAGCCGAGGAGGUUGCAAUGGCAACGGCGGGAUUCAUGCUGCUCGUUGGGUUCUCCAUGACCGCGGGAGUCACCACUUCCAAUACCGUUCUUGGACUCGAGUUCCAGAAGCAGUUGAAGGACAAGCUUCAUGGACCUGGUGCCGACACCAUCAUUCAACGCGCGAUGGCAGAUACGGGUUACAUUGCAAGUCUCACUGGCCAUGUGCGGGAGAUCGUGGUUGGUUGCUAUGUUGCCGGUCUUAAGCACACAUAUCUUGUAUCUCUCGCUUGCUCACUGCUGGCAUCCUUUACGGGACUUUUCAUUGCCCAUCACCAGAUAUAG